CAUCCGUGUCUCCGUGCGUUUGUCCGUCUGUUCGCGCGCGCGUGAUCUCUGCGACAAGAGCCGAGCUCGUGCACCUCCCUAUCAUCCUCCUCCUCCUCUUCGUCCUGCUCCUCCUCCUUCUCCGGUGAGCGGGGAGCGGAGCCGCGCCGAGUGAUGCUGCUGCUGCUGCUGCGGCCCGCGCUGCCCUCCUAAAGCACCACAGCCCCAUGAACAUGUCCAACGCAGUCAUGGGUCUGAACCCCACCGACAGGGUCAUCAAAUCAGUCCCGUUCCCGCUGAGCCACAGGUUGAGUAUGCGGGAGGUGUUUGACUGUGAGGGAAAGCCACGAGUGGACCUGCUGAAGGCUCACCUCACCAAAGAGGGCCGUGUAGAGGAACCUGUCGCCCUGCGCAUCAUCAACGAAGGAGCCUCCAUCCUGCGACAGGAGAAGACCAUGCUGGACAUCGAGGCUCCGGUUACAGUGUGUGGAGAUAUUCACGGGCAGUUCUUCGACCUGAUGAAGCUCUUUGAGGUUGGAGGCUCUCCAGCUACAACGCGGUACCUCUUUCUAGGGGACUAUGUGGACCGAGGUUACUUCAGUAUCGAGUGUGUUUUGUAUCUCUGGUCCCUGAAAAUCCUCUACCCAAAGACGUUAUUUCUGCUCCGGGGAAACCAUGAAUGUAGACACUUGACUGAAUAUUUCACAUUCAAACAAGAAUGUAAGAUUAAAUACUCCGAGCAGGUAUACGACGCGUGUAUGGAUGCCUUUGACUGUCUGCCGCUGGCCGCUCUGAUGAAUCAGCAGUUUCUGUGCGUGCACGGCGGCCUCUCACCUGAGAUACACACGUUAGAUGACAUCAAGAAGCUGGACCGGUUUAAAGAGCCUCCAGCCUUUGGGCCCAUGUGUGAUCUUCUGUGGUCAGAUCCGCUAGAAGAUUUUGGCAACGAGAAGUCGCAAGAGUAUUUCAGUCACAACACUGUCCGUGGCUGCUCCUACUUCUACAGCUAUCCAGCGGUGUGUGAGUUCCUACAGACCAAUAACCUGCUCUCUGUGAUCAGAGCCCAUGAGGCGCAGGACGCAGGUUAUCGGAUGUACAGGAAAAGCCAGACGACAGGCUUCCCGUCCCUCAUCACUAUCUUCUCCGCUCCGAAUUAUCUGGACGUGUACAAUAAUAAAGCUGCUGUGCUAAAAUACGAGAACAACGUGAUGAACAUACGUCAGUUUAACUGCUCGCCGCACCCUUACUGGCUGCCCAACUUCAUGGACGUGUUUACCUGGUCUCUGCCUUUCGUAGGAGAGAAAGUGACUGAGAUGCUGGUGAACGUCCUUAGCAUCUGUUCUGAUGAUGAACUCGUAAACGAUGGAGAAGAGAUCUAUGACGCGAAUGCUGCAGCUGCCCGUAAGGAAGUCAUCAGGAACAAAAUCCGUGCCAUUGGCAAAAUGGCCAAAAUGUUCUCCGUCUUACGUGAGGAGAGCGAAAACGUGUUGACCCUAAAGGGUCUGACCCCGACCGGCAUGCUGCCCAGCGGCGUUCUUUCUGGAGGCAAACAGACUUUACAGAGCGCAACCAUCGAGGCCAUUGAAGCCAUCGAGGCGGUUGAGGACAGUGAAGCUAUCCGUGGUUUCUCACCGCAGCAUAAGAUCACCAGUUUCGAGGAGGCGAAGGGUCUGGACCGGAUAAACGAGCGCAUGCCCCCGCGCCGCGACGUGCUCAACAGCGUGGGUCUGUCUAUGGGCCGCAUGAACAUGGCCGAGUCCAACGGCACCGACGACAACAGCAACCUUCAGUGACUCCCCAUCUUCAUCUUCCUCCUCUUCAUCUCCGUCUGUGCUCUCCCUCUCCCUCACUCUGUCCUGUCUUUCCAUCCGUCUGCGUCACUCUUUUCUUCACAGUGGAUGUCCGGCUGUGACCUGAGACGUGGCCUGAGGGGGAUAACGGAAGAGCCUGUUUUUAUUAUUUUUUUUUAUUUCUUAAUGCUGGAGGACGUCCUGCUUUAAAGCUCAGUCUGGUCAUGUUUUAUCGAAGUAGAAAAGAGACGGGUGUGUGAAAGUGUGUGUGAAGGAGAGAGACAAGUGUGUGGGUUGUACAGUAUAAUGACAUGAUAACUGAUAAUAGGAUGCUGGAGCGCUGUUUCCUUGGAUAAGUUCGUGUCUGUUGUGUGUGUGUGUGUGUGUGUGUGUGUGGGCAGUUGGUUGACGUGUAAUUACUUUGUAAGGAAGUAGGCUUAAUCACAGAAGACUGUUCCUCUUUUCCUGCCUGCUGGAAACUGAAAAUUACGGCGUCUGUGAUAUCCAUUCACUGACAGAGGAGUGUGUGUGUGUAUGCAAAAGUGUGUGCGAGUCGGUUAGGGCUGUCUAUUUAAUUAAAAAUGCAAUUUUGUAUCAUUUAUAGGAUUAGUAGUGAAAUAUCAAAGGUUCAACAUCACUUUGAAAAUUAAAGCAAUCAUAUUUUUGAAUUUGAACGUUUAUAGUUUUCAAAAUGUAUUUGUUGGUGAUAUGUAGAAUUUUCCUGGCACAUACAGGACGCUGAUACUAAAUUCAGCAUUUAAGCUAUUAUUAAUUUACAACAAGGUGGAAAAAUGUAUAUGUGCUCAUACAGAAAAUGUACUGCACAUCCCAGGUUACACUCACACUCAGUCAAGUUGUUCAAUCACGCAAAAUUUAAAUUUUCUUAAAAUCCUAAUUGACUUUCUGGUGGCUAUGUAGCGUUCUACACAGCCUUGAUGCAGUGUGUUGGAAAUGAACAGAAAAAUACAUCAUGAUUGACGUAGUAAAUUCGUAGUUUUUGAAUGGUGGUGGUUUAUAUUUUGAGAGUUAAUUUCAUAUAAAAUAUUGCAGGAAAAUAAAAAAAAAUAAAAAAAGUUUGUGAUCUAGACUUUUAGCACAAAAAACAAUCCCAUUCACUGUGUGCACACGGUUCUCGGUUUCAUCUUUAAAUUAAAAAUGAAAAUGAAAAAUUAAAUCCAAGCAAAAACUAACAGUAGAUUGUGUUACGUCCAUAAUAUAUAGUUUUUAAUAUGUAAAAAAAUAAAGGUAGCCUUAAUUGAUGUGUUUAUUAACAUCAGCUUCAUUAAGGUUAAAAAGUCUGACAGAACAUGAUGUCUUAAACAAUGAAACAUUCUCGAUUUGUUCAAAUGUAAAAUAUGACCCGACAGCCCUACUACAGUAUGUGUGCGUGUUUGCGUUCCUGUGUGUCUCUGUGUGUAUAUACAAUACCACGCAGAAGUCUUGAUCCCGCCCCUCGUUUCUUCAUAUUUUCUUUCCGAAGAGUCAGACUUUCUGGAAUUUUCAUGUACUUUUGAGGAAUACUUCUCUAAUUGAUCAAUUUUUAAUCUAGUCCCUGUACCUGAGCAGUUUCAGAGAAAUUUUUUUUCUUUGUUUAGCCUGCGAAUCAUUCACGCAUAAAAACAACAUCUAACUUAAGGCAUGAACCAGUGAGAAACAGGUGCAGAUGGUGACAGAUGAUCAGGCCGGUGAUUAGUGUACUGGUGAUGCUGAACUCUGAGUGGUUGGAACAGAUGAGAGGGGAAAUGAGGUCGCUGCUGAGGCUGUUACAUAAACAACCUGUCGCAGUAAAACAUUUGCUCCAGAAUUUAAUUUACAGAAUUUAAAUGAAUUAAAUAUGAAGAAAUGAGGGAUGACUUAAGACAUUUGCACAGUAUUCAUAUAUACAUGUAUAUAUAUAUAUUUACUUUCACAAUCUCUAGCUCUUCUUUACCAUGUUUUGCUACUAGUAUUUAUCAGAUUAGCCUCCAGUGCGGUCGAAUGAAAACCGGGACCUGACCCAAAGACACUUGUGAUGCAGUUUUGUUUUUUUUCCCCCAUUCAUGUUUACUCAUCCGCUCUGUGGGCUGUCACACUGCUGUCGCUGCAUUUUAUCAGGACCCGCUGUAAAACUGUCGUAAUCACGCAGGACCCGAACAAGCUGGACUCAACAAGAGGCACACAUUCACAUCACGCGUUUAUAUCUCGAACUGUCCUGGAGGACCGGUGGGAUCAUGAGGUUCUGGAGUAUGUGGACAUUCACGCACUGACAUUCUUCGUGCAAAUAUACACACCUAGUGUAUGGUCUCAAUCAGGUCCUGGCCUGUCCAGCUUCAAAAGACUGAUCCGGCUGCUCAGAACACGCCUUGGGAUCUCGCUUUGUACAUAAAGUGUAAAAGAUACUUUUUUUCUUUUUUUGGUUUACCUUUUUUUCACAUUAUGUUUUUUUCUAUUUAAGUUUAUUUAUUUUAAUUUUUCAUUUACAAAUUUUGCUGUAAUUUUGUUGCUGUACAUUUCAGUGGCGGCGCUUAUGAAUUCUGUUAUUAAUUUAUUUCUCUUUCCUUUCUCUAUUCUGUUAACGUACGGCAGUCGUUCAGUUGCGUGAAUGAUCGUAUAACUGUUUGCGAAGCCAUCCAGGCUGCAUGACUGCAUGGGAAACUCAACAAUGUAAAGCAAAUACGGACGUGUCUUCUGGCGUCCUAUUGUUUUUAAGAAGAUAUAUUCUUCAACAGUCAUCAUUAUUCUCUUCAAUAUUCUUCUUGUUUAUUAUAAAAUGAGCUUUCUGCUGUUUCUGGCUUGACUUCUGGUUUGGUCACUCAUUGUGCUUUACUUUAAAACUGAAAACUAAAGCAGUUCAUGGGUUCUUUGUGGUUCUCUCUAUCUUUGGCUUUCUCUCUCUCAUUCACUCACUCUCUCUCUCUGUAUAUAUAUAUAUAUAUAUAUAUAUAUAUAUAUAUAU